AUGCCCACUCUUAUUCCUCACCCCGGACCUGCAUCGGCAGAAUUCCUGUCCAGUGGCUUUGCUGGAGGUCAGGCGGAAGAAAGCCAGCCGGGCGGACUCCCUACGCUGGCUUCCUCUGGCAGUGUUUCAUUUGUCGCUGCUCGGGGUCACCUGCAGGCGCUAGAGUCUGCAAACGAGACGUCUGUGCGGGCGUGGGAGUCGUGGAUCGUCGCCGUAACCUCCGAUCCAGCCGCAUCGAAUAAUAGCACGACGGGUCGGCUUGUCGCCAAUUAG